GGCCGCGCAGGCGCAGAAAGCCGUGGCCACGCCGGCUGAGACGGACUCAGAGCGGGAUGCGGUGACGCCCCUGGAUGACCAUGGCAGCGGGCGACGAGCUGGCCUUCCACGAGUUCGAGGAAGCCACUAAUCUGCUGGUGGAGACCCCAGAUGUGGCCACUACCAGAAGUGAUCAGCUGACCCCAAAGGGGCAUGUAGCUGUGGCUGUGGGUUCAGAUGGCAGCUAUGGUGCAGAGGACGAGGUGGAAGAAAGUGACAAGACCAUGCUUCUACAGGAGGAGAAGCAGCAGCCGGGAUUCUGGACCUUUGGCUACUAUCAGAGCUUCUUUGAUGUGGACACCUCACAGGUCCUGGACCGGAUUAAAGGGUCACUGCUGCCCCGGCCUGGCCACAGUUUUGUACGGCACCAUCUGCGGAAUCGCCCAGACCUGUAUGGCCCCUUCUGGAUCUGUGCCACGCUGGCCUUUGUCCUGGCCAUUACCGGGAACCUGACAGUGGUGCUGGCCCACAGGAGGGACUCCUCCAUUCACUACAGCCCCCAGUUCCACAAGGUGACUGUGGCCGGCAUUGCCAUCUACUCCUACGCCUGGCUGGUGCCUUUGGCGCUGUGGGCCUUCCUACAGUGGCGCAAGGGUGUCCGGGAGCGCAUGGGGCCUUACACCUUUCUGGAGACCGUGUGUGUCUAUGGCUACUCCCUCUUCAUCUUCAUCCCCACUGUGGUCCUGUGGCUGAUCCCUGUCCCAUGGCUGCAGUGGCUCUUCGGGGUGCUGGCUCUGGCCCUGUCAGCCGCUGGCCUGGUGUUCACCCUCUGGCCCAUUGUCCGCGAGGACACCAGGUUGGUGGCCUCUGUGCUGCUAUGUGUUGUCGUGCUACUCCAUGCCCUCCUGGCCAUGGGCUGUAAGUUUUACUUUUUCCAGCCACUGCCUCUGGAGCACGUGACACCUGCGCCCCAGGCCACAUCUCUGCCCUCAGGCAUUCUGCAGACUGCCACCCCGCAAAGACAUGUGACAACCUAAGGCCCGAGCCUGCAGGUCCACCGUGAGGGGACACCUCUGCCUGCCCUGCCCCCCAGACGAUGACUGAAAGUUCCCUUGACAUCUCAAGAUCACUGGGCUACUUUCCAGACUUUUCUUACAAAGCAAACACUUUUAUUUUCUAUGCAAAGGUGA